AGCUCCGACGAGGUGACCUUCAUGCCUGAUCUGCACUUUCGCCUUCACUUUCGCCACUACUCAGGCUACCUAGAGUCGACAAACAAGUCUCAGCUGCACUACUGGUUCUUUGAAAGUCAGGGAAAUCCGUCAACUGAUCCAGUGGUUCUAUGGCUGACUGGAGGACCGGGCUGCUCAAGUCUGCUCGCGGCGAUGACCGAGCAGGGGCCCAUUCGAAUUGAAGAUGAUGAAACGCUGGCGCCGAAUCCUUCAGCGUGGAACCUAAAGACCAACUUCCUCUACCUCGAGUCGCCAGCUGGAGUCGGAUUUUCGUACAAUGCAAAUGGACAGUACAAAACAGACGACAAGCAGACCGCCGAGCUGAACUUUGAAGCACUGAAAAGCUUCUUCCAGAAGUUUCCACAAUACGCGAAAAAUGACUUUUACAUCACAGGCGAAAGUUACGGUGGCGUGUACGUUCCUACACUAGCCGAAAAGUGUCUGGAUCGGAAGUUUCCCGCACCGUUCAAAGGAUUUGCCGUUGGAAAUGGCUACCUGGACCAGAAGCUGUUGGGCAACUCUUGGCUGCAGUUUGUUUACUAUCACGGACUGGUGGACACGCCACUUUGGGAGAAGCUGGUGGAGGAGUGCUGUCAUGAUGGAACCAAGCUGAGAAAGUGUGACUUUGUCGGCAGUGAGAAAAAGUCCUGCCAAAAGUUGAUUGAAAAGAUUCACAACAACUUUAACUCAGCGCCCAUCAACGUGUACAACAUCUACGCCGUGUGCAAUCAAUCUUCGAUCCGAAGAGAUGAGCUAACGCCGGAACAGGUUGCCCGUCGAUUUCUGGUCACAAACCUGCUUCAACUGGACGCUGAUUACGUGAACCAGCUCAAGGACUCGCCGCCAUGUCUCAACUACGAUAGUCUGCAGGAUUACCUUAACCGAAAGGACGUCCGCCAUGCUCUUCACAUUCGACCUCAGUCGCUGUCCUGGACUCCGUGCAAUCCGAACAUUGACUACACUAAUCAGUACAAAAGUCUGGCUAAGGUGGUCAGAAAGCUGGUCAGCAGUGGGCUGAAGGGACUGAUCUACAACGGCGACGUGGACACUGCCUGCAACUACCUAGGGGAUGAGUGGUUUGCCGAAGAGCUGGGCUUCAAGACCAUCAGAGAGUUUGAGCCCUGGCUGGUCAACGCAACCGGUCAAGUUGGAGGAUUUGUGAAGAUCUUUGACGGAUUCGCCUACACCACCAUUCGAGGAUCUGGUACUUAA